CAGAACUAUUUGCCCAGUUUACAGGACUUUGAUCCUAACAGCAUCGUUGUGUCAACAACAAUGACAACUAAUGAAAGAAAGCCAUUGGAAUCAGUUAAAGUUAAAAUCUACUUUCAAUUGCAAAACCCUAGGCCUCGGAAUGUUAAAAUAAAGUGUGUCUCAUGGGACAACACCACAAGACAAUGGUCAGAAGAGGGCUGUGAAUGGCAGGGUGCUUCUGCAGAAGGAGUUUGUGCUUGCAUACAUUUGUCCUCAUUUGCCAUUCUAAUGUCAAGGAAUCCUGAACACAUUAAUGGGCUAGAUGAGCUGACCUAUGUCGGACUGUCUAUAUCAGUCGUGUCACUCAUUAUCAGCCUGGUGAUAGAACUAACUGUCUGGAGCGCUGUAGUUAAGACCAUUAGUUCAUAUUUACGCCAUACUGCCCACAUACACAUUUCUCUAUGUUUGCUUAUUGCCGAUUGCUGUUUUUUAGCAUCUUCUAAUCCAGAAGAUCUUCCAGAAAUGUGGUGCAGGAUCUUUGUGGUGUUGAAGCAUUUCUGUUACCUGUCCAUGUUCUUUUGGAUGUUGUGUCUGAGCAGCAUGCUUCUUCACAAAACCAUUUUUCCGCUCCAUCAUAUCAGCAAAAAUGCCUACCUGAAAUUCUUUCUAUUCCUGGGCUAUGUGUGUCCGUUGCUGAUUGUUGUUAUCACGUUUGUUUGCUAUGAUGGUGGUGCUAAAGACAAGUACUUUUCCGGCGAUACCUGUUGGCUGCGUUAUGUUGGACUUAUGAAAGGGUCCAUCCAUACAUUUGUCAUACCGGUCGGUAUAAUUGUCUUCUUCAAUGUGUUCUCCAUGCUGGUGGUAAUUGUGAAGCUUUUGGAUCACCCUAUAAAUACAGACAAAUCCAAUGAAAAUGAAAAUGAAAAAAAGGCUGCCAAAACUGCCAUGAGGUCAGUUAUUCUUCUGACUCCAAUCUUUGGUGUGACUUGGAUUUUCGGGUUUGCUGUCAUGCUAAUUGACCUUACAGCUGGAACCGUGGCCUUUGCAGUCAAUUAUAUCUUCACCCUGCUGAAUGCAUUCCAGGGUUUGUUCAUUUUGUUAACCACGUGCCUGGGGGACAAACUGAUCCGCAAUGCACUGCUGAAACGUCUCAGGAAAAAUGAUCCAGCAUCGACUACUGACAGCUCCACGAAGUUAGACUCCACUUGGAAGCAGUGAAAAUCAUCAUACCAAACAUGUGCACUCUGACAUCAAAACAAACUACAUCUUGCACAUAAAACCACAGAUAAUACCUUGAACGGGAACACCAUCUAAAUUAAGAAUUCCAAUAUGCUAUUUCCAUGACAUAGGAAGGUUCAAUCAAUAUUUGUGAACAUGAUCGACUCUCCCAAAAAGUCAGAAAACCAGAGAAGUAAAGCUUGAUUUAU